CGCCCUGAUUGAACACAUCCAUCAUGGCGCUCCCCAAACACAGCAGCUGGCUGCCUCUGCUGGCCCUUGUGGUCAUUCUCUACGCGGCCCCAGCCCACGCUUUCGGCGCUGGCAACAUCGCUUCCACCUCCAAGAUCGAGGGGGGGAACUGGAGGCACGGCGAUAUCGAGGAUACUCUGCUCACUCUUCUCACGGCUCGCGCUAUGGGAGGCAAGAAGUUUAGCAAGCUCGAUGUCAAGCGCGUGUACUUCGGGAACUGGCUUCGUGAUUACUCGCAGGCCGUUGACGUCGGAACGGUCAAGUAUGUGUCUGCGGAAGCAAUACGCAUACUCCUCUGGGUCCUUGGAUUCAUGAGCUUCGGCUACGGCACCGGCGAAUUCGAGGUGACUCGAGACAGACUAGGCUGCUACCGACCGGAGGAGCACAUCGACAACCCGAAGGACUACGCCGAUAAUCUCGAUGCUCGACAAUAUGACACUCGCCUGAGAGGGCCAAUCGAUGAGCGCCGCGAGCUCAGCAUCGACGAACGCACCGGUUUGAAGCACUAUAUCGCCAGCGAGGAUCAGCGAAUCACAACCAGCGCAGGGCUUGUUCGCGAUUUGUUCAGCAAGAGCAUUGAGCUAGGCAGGAGAUACGCUAGAUCGCGGGAUACUCGGGACUUCUAUGAGGCGUUGCGCCUUAUGGGAACUGCUUGUCACUGCUUGGAAGAUUACUCCGCCCACAGCAACUACACCGAGUUGGCAUUGAUUGAGAUGGGCGAGCGCAACGUCUUCCCUCACGUCGGUCGCCAGACUCAAGUCCAGAUCCAGGGUGCUCGCCAGCCUGUCUAUCCGAUCGUGACCGGAACUUUCGGUGGGGUGGACUUUUUACACAGUGUCAUGGGCGAGGUAUCCGACAAGGCCACACAGUCUGAGUUGCAAGAGUUGGAAGGCACAAUCGAUCAGUCUCAGCGCGCCGAUACCAGCAUGCUCAAGGAGCUUCUCGAUAAGCUGCCACCAGGACUCCUUGGCGACACGGACCAGAAGGGCAAGGCCGAUCAGCUACAGGCCAACGCCAAUGCCGCUAAGAUGCAGAACAUGCAUAUCUCGCCCAAAGAGCCCGAAGCUUUCACCCAGCAGGUUGGCGAGAUCACCCAGCAGAUCUACCCGAUCAUGGAAUUCCACGACAACAUCAUGAAAAGCAUUUCCACGGCGAUCGACGACAUCCCGGUCCUUCCUGAUCUUAUAGAAGAAGUUCAGAACCAGAUCAGCAUCUUCGUCUUCUCCCUGCUGGCUCCGUUCGUCCUUCCUAUUAUUUCUCAGCUCAAAGAGGAGCUCUCGACGGGAUCAAGUGAAAUCAUUCAAAGCAGCAUGGACAAGCAGCAUAUUGUCUUCAAUGACGACGACUGCUCGGAUCCAACCCACUCCAUGCUCUCCAAAGAUCAUUUCAGCAAUAUCCUUAAUGAGCCAGCCGGCAAAGUUGCCAGCGCGGUCCUGAAGUGGGUCGUACCACAGAUUGUCGCGUGCUGGGAUGAUGACAACAUCGAUGUUGGUCGCACUUGUGACCGCAUCAUCAACGGCGUCUUCCAUCACCCAGCUCAGCGUCAAUAUGGCGAAGACGGAGCGGUCGAUGGUCGACAUGCGAUGUUCAGCGUUGUUGAGAGGUGGUGGUCAGAGAAGGAUGAACGCGAAAAGGAUGAUCUUCGGGAUAAGCUGAGUCGCGAGGGAGUUGAGCAGGGCAGGAAUCAUAAGGAAGGCGUUCACGACACUGGUCACGGCUGCUGCAAGCCCUUGGGUAUGCCAAACAUGAAGACCCAGAACAGCUCUGGUGCCAUUGGCGGUGUUAUGAGCGGCUUAAAUCAGGCCAUGUCAUCCGGGACUUUGGGCGGUCGGCAGAAGAAUCCAGCGGCAAACAAGAUCGGCGACCAAGUCGGUGAAGCGGUCGGCGGUGGUGUGCUCGGAUCUGUCGUUGGUGGAUUUGCCGGCGCUGUGGGUGCAGGACUCCUUGGCGGGGCGUUUGGCGGAGACAAGGCCGAGAAGACCACCUAUAAGCGCGACAGCUACGAGGGCGACGGCUCGCACACUUCUCGCAUCACCGAAACUGGACAUCUCAGACCCAGUUCGCCUCAGGCGGCUAUCGCGAAGACAUUCAACGCUACGAGCAAGAUGGACGACAAGGUAGCACAGGGUGGACGGUAUGAAGAGGAAGUUCACGAGAAGCGUGUUACCAGCUCUGGUCGGGAGUAUGUCAAUGAGGACAGCCGCCAUGGCUACAAGAAGGAUAAGAAGAAGAACGACAGCGACGACGAUGAUGAUGACGAUGACGACAGCAACGAUGAUGACGACUGGGAGAAGAAGGAGAAGAAGCGUCGCAAGAAGGAGGCGAAGAAGCUCAAGAAGCAGCAAUCAAGCUAUGGCCGUCAAGAGCAGUCCAGCCACGGCGGAGGUGGACGCAGCGAGUACCAGCAGCAAUCGUCAUACGGUGGCGACAGCUACGGCGGCGGAGGCUACGGCCAGCGCCAAGAACAGAGCGAGUAUGGUCGCCCAGCCCAGCGUGAGGAGUACGGCGGUGGAAAUGGAGGUGGCUAUGGUCGUGGAGAGCAGGAAGAGCAUGGUCGUCGCGGUGGCGAUGAGAUGCCGGGCUCUUUCGGUGGCAGCGAUGAGACUGGCGGAUACGGCAACCAGGGAGACGAUCAGAGUGGAGGAUAUGGCGGUGGAUAUGAGAGGCGCUAUUGA